UCACACGCAGGGCUCACAAUAUUAUCGACAGAUCCGAGUCAGGAGUACAGUCGAGUCGAAGCACGUUGAAGUCUGUGAAAAGCUUCUUCUGUGAGAGGAAACGAGAGGAAAAAACGCAGAAAAAAAAGGGGAGAAACAGAGGAAAUAGCCCGAAAGGAAAUGCCAAUCGCAGCCGCUGGACAGCCAACGACUCAGGAGCCUAGAGUUUGCCCCCGGCUGCCCUCCACCCCGGAGCCUGUCCCUAAAGGGGCUGAUUUAUUCGACGAGGCGGGGGCGGCGGAGUCGGCGGAGCGAACAGAGUACGGGGGCGCGGAGGGGGGCAGAGGACUCGGGGGCUAUAGUUACAGCCAGAGCGGGGCGAGGGGCUUUGUACAGCCUGGAUCUACCAACGGCUCUCCGCCGCAGUCCCCAGCCGCGUCCUCCUCUUUCCUCUUCCAUCCCCUUCACCCCCACCAAAUGGCCAUGGAGCCCCCAAGGACUCGAUCGCGCUCUCGGUCUGGUUAUUACCAGCAGUACAGUGUUGGCAAUGGCAAUGGAAUAACCGGCAGCGGAGUUAUGGUAUCUAACCACCAUCACCACCACCACCACCAUCACCACCAUCAGCAGCAGCAGCUACAUCCACAGCAGCAGCACGGUGCCGGCUGCUCGCCACUUGGAGCUCACAGCAACCACUCGGAGAACCAGCAGCGAGCCCCGGGAAGUAACGCCUCUCCCGGCAUUCAGAGGCUGUCCUCGGUCCCCGGAGCGCACCGCAUCCCGGCAGCAGGAGCCUCUGGUGGAUCCUACCACUGCCACCCAGACCACGCAUAUGGAGAGGAGAGUGAUAAGAGUGAGGAAAGCCCCAGUCCAAAGCGCCAAAGGCUGUCCAGUCAGUCCGUGUUGGAACAGCUAACUUCAUCUGCCCCCCCACCAUCCACCCCUUCUCCCCCCAUCCGCCCCUGGGAGUCAGGACCCCAAAGUCGGAGACAGCCUCAUCCCCACACACACUACCACCAGGAGAGGUGCUUAACUCCUGCUCGGCACAGACGCAGCCCGCCAGCAAGGCGUCAGCGUGGCCGCCUCUCCAGACCAUCCCGGCACUUGCCUUCCCAUCACCACCCCUACACCCCAGGCCCUGCUCCUCGCCUGUCGCCAUCAGAGCUCCAAGAUGAAAAUUACCACCACAACCCACAUCCCUCCACACACCAGACAUACCCAACGCACACCCCUAGUACCUACGGUCAGCCUCCCACGGCUGGUGGCGGAGGGGCAGGUUCAGAGGAGCCCCGAGCCUUCCACCCCCCCACCUUGUCGCCACGGCUAUUGCACCCGGCCGCUCACCACCACCACCAUCAUCAUCAGCAACAGCAUCAUGCAACACAGCAGCAGCAAGGAGCCAUGGUCAUGGACCUGCAUGAACAGUUGCAGCAGGCCAGUGUACCAGUCUCCUACACAGUGACUCCCGUCCCUCCUCACGGUCUCGCGGCGCCUUUGUGCAGCGGUCAGCAUCUUCCCCCCACCUGCUCGUCACAACAACAGGUCCCUGCCUGCAGUGUGGUCUUCAGCACUGGACAACACUACCACCCGAUGCUACAGGCGUGUUCAAUGCAACAUUUGCCAGUGCCCUAUGCCUUCCCCUCACUGCUGUCCAGCGACCCUCAGUUCCUGCUUCCCCCUCCGCCUCACCUCUCUCACCACCCGCCCCACCUCCCCACGCCCGGACAGUUCCUGCCUUUCCAGACGCAACAGCCACGAUCGCCCUUACAGAGGAUCGAAAAUGAGGUUGAGCUUCUGGGAGAGCAGCUUUCAGUGGGCGGAGGCUUUAGCUAUGCCCACCACCACCAUCACCACCAUCACCCCCAGCCUCCCUCCACCCUACCGCCCUCUACGCCACUCCAAUUCCUUUCACACCAUGACCCCCUGUCACAGGAGCUUUUUACAGUGCCCUAUCCCCAUUUUAUGCCUCGCCGAUUCACAAGCCGGCGCUACCGCUCUCCGCAGGCUGUACCCCCAUCACCCUACCACCCCAGCUUCCUGCCUUACUUCUUGUCCAUGCUUCCCAUGCCCCCAAAUGUGGCCCCUGCUAUCAGUCUAGAGCUGGAUGUGGAUGAUGGAGAGGUGGAGAACUAUGAGGCCCUGCUGAACCUUGCAGAGCGUCUAGGAGAGGCCAAGCCCCGAGGUCUAACGAAGGCAGACAUAGAACAGCUUCCGUCAUACAGGUUCAACCCCAACAACCAUCAGUCUGAGCAAACACUGUGUGUGGUAUGUAUGUGCGACUUCGAGUCUCGCCAGCUCCUGAGGGUUUUGCCCUGUAACCACGAGUUCCACGCCAAAUGUGUAGACAAGUGGCUUAAGGCCAACCGGACCUGUCCUAUCUGUCGAGCCGAUGCCUCUGAGGUCCAGCGGGACUCCGAGUGACCUCAUGUCAACACCCACAAUCCCUGACUCCCUUUUGGAUGCACCAACCAAUCAGUGAACUUCUGUCCCUCUUUGUCAUACGCCUCCGCUUACACAUUCUGCCACAUUACCGGGACCAGUGCUCCUCAAACCUUCACUCUUCAUUCCACAGAUACCGAACAGUAAUUCUCACCUGGAAUUAGCAUUUAGCAGCGUGGAGACUUUCUGCUGACUCGUGUUCACUUUAUCGCUGGACUUCAUAGGCCUUCUGUUCUGGACUAAUUACGCCCUACUACUCUGCCUUCUGCUGAUGGUUACUGCUCACUAUGAAUGGCCUUCGAAACAUACACAGUGUCAUGUGCAGAUGGACAUAUAUGUUUGUAUUUUUUUUUUUAACAUCAUGAGCCCUUCCAAAUGGAUCUGUUCAGUCUUCUGGUCGAAUAACAGAAGAAAAAGGCUUAUUUGAAAAAGUUCUGUAUAGCUGUACUAACAAACAUUUAGAGAAAAUUGGCAGUCCAAAGAUUCUGAUAAUUUCAUUGUUAUUGUUCUGGUUGUAAUUAAGCAUUCACAUCUUGGCGUGCAGAGACUGUCCUUUUCACUAGACUCAUUAUGAUUUUGAACUGAAUGAGUCACUUUAAUUUCUUCUUUGUGUAUUCUUGCAUUCCUCAGCAUCAGAGCAGCCUGUAUGGGGUGAGACAAAGAUACUGUACACUGUGUGUCAGAGAGUGAACUACUUUGAAACAGUGAAAAAAAGAUACACUUUAUUUUCUCCGAAUGUGUGUGUGUGUGUGUGUGUGUGUGUGCGCGCCAGUGUGUGGAUGUGAGAGUUACUCCUCCUGUGGUAUUUAUGCAGUUCAUGUGGUACAGUCCAUUUUAUUUCCUAUAUUUUUUUCACUCCAGAUUGAUUUACCCUCACUGGGUAACGUCAGACCUUUACGGCAAGAUUUUGUUCAAAAAUCAAAGAUUAAAAUGAAAGUUUAGGAGCAGAAACGCCUCUCGGGAAGUGAAUUAUUAUUUUUUUUGUCAUGUUUCUCACACGUUACAGUUCUGACUCCUCCCAUCUUCAUUGUUAUUGUCUGAAAAAGUAAAGGUUUAGGGUUUUUGAAAGGCAUUUGUGAAACAGUAUUUCCAAAAGUAAAGACAACAGAUAAGGGUUGUUUAUCAUCGUCUCUACAUAUCCGCUCUUUCAAGGCAUAUUAUGUGAAUUCAGUUGGAAUUUUACAGAUCUAUGGGGAUUCAUUAAAACAACAAAAACCUUUGUCCAUGCUUAGUUUUGCUAGUUUUCCUUUGGGAAUAAGACUUUUUGAAUAUGUGACUGUAUCUGUCGUGGUACCUUUUCUGUGAGUGUUGGCGGGUAACAAGCCUUUUCUCCAUCACUGACAGGAAACAAGUUUGAAAAGGCUCAUAAGGUCACAGAUAAAUCUACUGUUUCACUGGUGGAUUUGACACUUCAGCACUUUAAUAUGUAGAUUUGAGACCGAGAUGCUCUUUUUCAUUCUGAACCCAACCACUGAUACAUUUUUCACAGUCAAUGUGUGUAUGAGAACAGAUGUGAAUGCAUUAAAAAAUACAUGUUCUUCAGUAUCUCAACAUGUCGACCCUUUUAUAUUCCCAUCGCACAUCUUGUUUAUUUACAAAGGUUUUUGGUCUGUGUAUGUUAAUAAUGCAUCUUCACUGUAUGUCAGCAUGUCAAAAUGUAACUCAAAUACCUUCACCUCAAGCACAGAUCAAACUUUCAGAUGUAAUUUAUCACUAUUUAUCACGACUGGUAUUUUAUGUGUAGAUGACUACCUAACACAGGCCACAUACAGUAGAGACUGCAUAAACAGAGGUUGUGUUGUGGAAAGUUCAGCCAGGCACCUGCAGUGUCUUACAUCUGAGAUGCCUUUUAUAAAACGUCAUUUCUUUAUUCCAAGUACAACUUGUAUCUCCUCACUGUCACCACAUCAGACCAACAUAUUUGUUCAAACCAGAUUUUUGUUUUCCAGAAAAUGCAAACUAGCAAGUGCAUCAAUAUCUGGGAAGAACAUCAUUUUAUAAAACUCUUCUUCAGUGUUGUCAGUGUAUAAAAUUAUGUAUUAGCCAAUGGGAAUCAAUGGAAAUAUUUCCUGUCAUCCUUUUCUUUUCUCUUAGGGGUCAUAUUUGUGACUGUAUGCAUCCAUUUUGUGUCUUAGGAUUGUUUUGUGUUGGACAGUUUUUUUUUUUUUGUUGUUGUUGCUUGGUACACUAGCAAUUACCUCAGUCCCACUAUUUAUGUCUUUUCAGAAAAUGGCGCAAACCAGUAUGAUUAGUGCUUAUCAAUUCAUUUUUGCUAAACUUUUCCAUGCAAGUCGCUGGGUUGUUUGAAUAUUUUUCCUUCAAACUCUAUGAAACUCUAUCAUUAAAAUGGUGUCAUAGUAGUUUCAUUAUGUAUUUUAUUUGUAACCAAAAUCAUUUGAAGGCCUGUUAUGAUGAUAAUGAAAUUUUUAACAAACAUUUGUACAUUUUGUAUGAGAGUUACUUCUAGUAAUACUUUAUUAAGUAGUGCAAUGAUUUUUUAAUCCCUUACCCUGUCUUUUGGAUUUCAAAAGCUGGUUCAAUAAUAAAUGUAUAACAUCCUCUUCUAAAA